GUCUCGCCGCGCGCACGCACACCGCACCGGUCGCGAGUCGCCGUCGCACCGUUUUCGCGUUACAUCCCGUUCGUCUUCCGGGUCGCGGAACCAUGCGACAUUUCGCCACCGCCGCCGGUCUUCCGCGGUGUCCGAACCACGUAGUCGCUCCGUCACCGCCGCCGCCAUCGCCGUCGCCGUCACCUCCAUCACCUGCUCGGCCGUCCGCUCGCCACUUGUUGACAGAAACCGGGAAACUCGUCACCGACGAGUCGCGGUUCUUUUUCUCGGCCGUUUUUCCUCCGCACCGAUGUCCGCGGGUUCCUCGAGUGGAAAACUCACGAUUAUAAUUAUACAUUGUUAUCGCUAUCGUUACCAUCGUGGUACGAUAGCACUCGCACACCACAACAUUUAGGCAUAUAUUAUAUUAUUAUUACAAUAAGCUGUUUUGCACUCGCAUCGUCAACUUUUCGGGUGGUGGGUUCGACUAACGACGGACGAGAGCCGCGGGUCAUUUAAAUAUUAUAUAAUAAUAUAUUACACAUAUAUUAUAUACAUGGAGGUUCCGAGGGACGCCAAUCAGAGCAGUGGCGCGUUGUGGGACUAUGGCGGGCUGGACGGUUGGCCGUGGCAGGAGUAUCGGAUGAGGUACUCUCCCGAGGUGACAGUGCUGUUCUGCAUCGCGUACGCGGCCGUGUUCGUGGUGGGCUUCGUAGGCAACAUUUCUGUGGUGCUGGUGGUGUACAAGAACGUGAGGAUGCAGUCAUCGCCCACCAACAUAUUCAUCGUCAACCUGGCCAUUGCCGACCUGCUGGUCAUCGUCGUCUGCGUGCCGUUCACGCUCAUCGGCAGCAUCACCACCGAGUGGCGAUUGGGACUGGUCAUAUGCAAACUCGUGCCGUACUUUCAAGGGGUGUCCGUGAACGCUUCGAUAAACACGUUGAUGGCCAUAUCCGUGGAAAGAUGCUUGUCCAUUUGCUACCCCAUGAGUCCGGUGGGUAAAGGCGUCUGUAAGCGGGUCGUGGUCAUCAUAUGGAUUAUUUCACUCACCAUAACCAUGCCGUGGGCAAUAUACUUCGACCUUCAGCCCAUGGAGGAAGGCAGCGACAAUCAGAUUUGCCUGGAGUCAUGGCCGACCGUGGAGAGUGGCAACCUGUACUUCGUGCUGGCCAACCUGUUGCUGUGCUACGUGCUGCCACUGACGGUGAUCGCCGUGUGCUACAUGUUCAUCUGGCAGAAGGUGAGCCGUCGCAAGGUGCCCGGUGAGCCGAUGCACAACGGCGCCAACAUGGUGCAGCGGUCCAAGAUGAAGGUGAUCACCAUGAUCAUGUACGUGGUGGUGCUGUUCGCGGUAUCGUGGCUGCCACUUUACGUGGCGUUCUCGCUGAUCAAGUUCUGGCCACUUCCGCCGGCCGUCGAGAGCUACACGGUCGCCUCUCUGCCGGUCGCGCAGUGGCUGGGCGCCGCCAACUCGUCCAUCAACCCGCUGCUGUACGCCAUCUUCAACCACCGGUUCCGAGACGGUUACCGGGCCUUGUUGUCCGGCAAGAUUUGCCAAGCAUUCGACUACAGCAACUCGGUGAGGUACUUGCGCGGCGGCCGGGCCGGCACCGUGGCCGCGGCCGCGUUCAAGCGGACCAACAACAACAACAACGACAACGGCCGCUGCGACCGCAACCGCAAAACCAUCGGCGCCAUAUACGUGCACGCUGCGCGGUCUCAGCUUCAGCAGCACACGGCUCAGCAGCGGCGACCUGUCCAGCAGCGACCUGUUCAGCAGCGUCCCUCGACACAGCAGCUGUAUCCACCCACCAACCGACUCGUCAAGUCGUCGUCGGUCAGGGAGACACACGUUGCCGAAGGGUCUGCUGGUUCCGUGGUGCAGUUCUGUUCGACAAAAUGCGAAAACUCGUUCGUGUGACCUCCGACACCCACACCACUUUCCCGCCCACAUGCAGCCGCAGAUAUUGUGUGUAAACAUAAUAUAAUUUGUAGACUGUACUAUGAUGUAUACCUAUAAUCUACACAAUUAUAUAUAAUACUAUAAUAAUGUGUUACUGUGGACCAUAGGUGUGCGCAGACUUACGCGGCUGAUGAAGAGUGCCCCUAGAUAAAUGGUCAUAAUUUCAUCGCCUUAAAAAUAUUUACUAUCAUCAUUAUUAUUCCAAUAAUAUGCUUCUUAUUAGAAAAAUGAAAAUGAUAGAUUUUUCAACAUUUUUUUAUGUUAAAAAAUAAAAUGAUAUUUUUAUAAAGACGUGAUUAUUGAGAAGAAUAUAAUAUAAUUUGAUAAUUCUUUUCACAUAAUUAAGCCAUAAACAUCGAUCGUACUAAGAUAUUAUUUGUUGUUUCUAACAUGAGUUAUUUUGAGAUUUUGUUUAUAUGCCCCAAAAAAAAAAUUAUCUUGCUAGCCCGCAAGGUAUACAAGUGCAUGCCCUGCAUACCCCAUGGCGCGCCUAAGCUGUAGAUAUUAGGCAACGGACUAUCGGACUUUAUUUUCACGAACGUUCGGAAACGUCACACAAUUGCUGUCGAUUGAACGCGCUAAAACAAUAUUCGAUAAUGUCCUGGUACUUUAAUACACCGGAAGCAGUGUUUGAAUCCAGAAAACAUUAGAAGUGGGGUGCAAAAGUUUAAAAAAAAUGUGCGUACCUGAAUAUUUAAAUAUCUUAUUGAUUAGGAUAUUAUAUAAUCGUAAGGAUUACGCAUAAAUAUUUACUUAUUAAAAGAAGUACCAUACUGUAAUAAUAUGAUAAAGACACACGUCAGACGCACAAAAUAUAUGAUAUAUUAUUCGCGUGAAAUGAAAAAAAUAGAAUGGAUGACUGCCCCAUCGUUCCAAUCCGAUAUCAUAAGUAUGUUAUGCGUCAUAUUUUAUUAUAUUCACGUACUUAUUAGAAUGUUGUACGCGGUCUAUUAUAUUAGUUUACAAACUUCAUCAGAUUAGGAAUUCCUCCGGAAACGGCUGCGGCGUUAGCCCGUAUUAAUAUAUUAUAAUAUUAUUAUACACAAAAUACAACGGCACGCGAAUGUCGUGAAAUAGAAUUAGAUCGGGCAUUCCAAUCACCAAUAAUUUUGACGCGCGUGAUCACGACCAAAUCUGAAUAAAUUUCAAGUUAAAGGUCUCCGCUCAAUCAUAUCGCCGGAGUCUACCUAUAUAAUAUAAUAUAUAAUAAUAUAAAAUUAUGAUAUACGUCCUUCGAGGUGCUGGCUGCUAUGAUUUAUCUCGAUUUCUAUUAAUUUAUAUUAUACAAGUAGGUAUUUUUAUACAAAUAUUAUGCCAUGUGCUCGCCAUUAUUAUUUUCCGUAUAUAUAUGAUGUGUUUGAUGUGACGCCAUCGAAAACUGGCAAUGUAAUUGUUGAAUUAAUCUAACUGUAAAAUAUAAAAUAAAAAUUAUUGAACAUCGUCGUAACUCAUACUUAACUAUACACUAUAAGUGAUAACGUAAGACUCGUUAUAAUAUAUUAUUAAAAAAACGAUAAUAGUUUUUAAAAAUAAUUUUUUUCAUAAUUUUAACUCAUUAAAUAACAACAAUUGUCUAAUUUCUAUAUAAAAUUAAUUGUUUUGCUAUUUUUUAUCGUUAUCAAUUUAUACAACAUGCAUUUUUAAUACUUUAUUCCAGAAAAAAAUAUUUUUUGGAGUACUUAGACGUAUUACGAUCGGAUUUUGGACUAGUAGUCUAUGAGUUAUAAGUAUUUAAAGUUGAAAAUGCUGAACCAGAUGAUGAUUUAGAGAAUACAGCAUACAUCUUGUUGAGGGAAGAGAGAAAAAUUGGUUUGAAAAUCGAUGAGGAAAAGACAAAAAUGUUGAUUCGUAGUGACUUAAAACAAUGUAAAAUAAAUAUUUUCAAAAACGUAACAGUUAAUGAGUGUCUUACGUGAAACAGAUAAACUUGUAGUUUUUGCUAAUAACAACAACCACGACGAUGACAAACAUGAAAUAAAACAGUAGAAAAAAAAUUAGAAUACAUCAUAUUUAUACAUACGCGGUUUGUCUUGGAACAUAACCAAGACGUUAUAUUAUAUAUUUUUUAAUGUUAUAUUGCGUCCGAUAAUUUGUGAAAAUGUUGACUGUGACGACCCAACUAAAAUGCUGCUGUGCAGUAAUUUAUACCGUAAAUAUUAUAUCAAAAACGAAACAUAUUAUUAUAUAUAUUUAUAUACGAUAUAUGUAUAUUAUAACAUGUAUCCCACUGCCUUUGUAGUGUUCAUUUAUUGUUACAUAAUAAUGUAUUGUAAUAUUAUGUUAUCAUUAUUCAUUAGUGUUAUUUCGUUUUAUGUCACGUAUAAUAGUAUAAGUUAUAAUAUAUUAUAAAUAUAUCAAAUAUGUAUAACAACUAUACGUUCCCGCUCAAAUGUAUAUUCGUGUAUAAUAAUCGGUUGAAAACGAACAGCCUCGAGAUCUCAUCACGAAUGUGUAUAAUAACGCACAAUAAUAGUAAUAAUAAUAAUAAAAAUAAAUAAUUUAAGUUUAAACUUAUAAUGAAUUAUAUUUUAUAGACGCCGAUCAAAUAUUAUUAUUUAGUGUUCUAGUAUUUCUAAUUGUACUCGCGUUUCGCCAUCGUUGCAGUGGUAUGUCUUAACAGUAUUACCUAUUAUUAUUAUAAUAGUUAUUGACUUAUUUUUUUAACCUACAUUAUUAUAAGGUUUUAUUGUUUUAUAUUGUUUUUUAUUAUUAUUAUUAUUAAACUAUACUGUUGUCAUUUGUAUCUGAGCGCGAUAGAAAUCGUAGUAAUAAUCUACACGAAAAACUCGUAAAUCGUAAUAAUAAUAAUAUAAUAUUAGUUUACGAUAGGUAUAUUAAAUUAUUACAAUUAUUCAUACUUCAUAAUAAUAUUAGGAACAGCAAUUUUAUACGUUAAUAAAAUGCGUUGUUAAUAUUAUUUUAUACGUAACAAUAUAAUUAUUAUAUCUGCAUAAUUAGUUGAACUGUUGAUAUACACGAAACGCCGCCUGCAGAAGCACAUAUUUUAUAUUAUAUAAAAAUACAUUCAUAUUAUAAUAGGUAAUACGUCAUUA